AUGUUUAACUCGAGACCGUGCAACUGGAGCAGUAUAGUUAAAUACUAUAUGCACAAAGCCACCAACGCUAAAUAUCAGCAACCAAAUCAAUCUAUUGGGCCAGACACAUCAAAAGAACCACAAAAGGAAGAAAAAAAAUCCCAACUCAUAAAAAUCAAAAUAAACAAUUCUGUGUAG